CCAGCAGGGUUGGGCCCCCCCCUCAUUAGCCAUGGUCCUAAUGAGCCCCCCCUCGUUAACCACAGCACAGCUGCAGGCACUAAUGACCCUGGGUGGGCACUGCCCCCAUUGGGGGGGUGGGAUUGGGGUCUUAUAGGGCCGCAGCCCCCCCCGGCCCUAUAAGUGCGGAGCGGGGGGGUCCUGGGGGUGAUUUGGGAACCUGCUGAGCACUUGGGGUGCGGCACUGGGGCGCGAUGUCCACGACAGGCAGCACCGACAGCAAGUCCGAGAAGCCCAUGGCCCUCAUCUGGGGGUGCGAGCUGAGCAGCCAGCGGCCGUCCUACACCUUCCAGGCCCCCCAGGAGUGGCACUGCGAGCAGCAGCUGGCCCUGCGCACAGUCUGCCUGGGGGAGAAGGCUCGCGACGAGUUCCACGUGGUGGAGAUCGUGCCCCCCCUCCCCGAGGACACCCCCGUGCCCAUCGCCACCCUCAAGCCCUCGGUGCUGCCCAUGGCCACCCUGGGGGGCGUGGAGCUGACCCCCCCCGUCACCUUCCGCCUGCGCGCGGGGUCCGGCCCCGUCUACAUCAGCGGGCAGCACAUCUCCCUGAUGCCCGACCUGUCCUGGGAGGAAGAGGAGGAGGAGGAGGAGGAGGAUGAAGGUGAUGAAGAGGAGGAGCCCCCCAAACCCCAAGGUGCCAAAAGGGGCAACGCCGCCAAGAGGAGGCUGGAGAAGGAGGACGAGCACAGGAACAGCGCCGCCCCCCAGGAGCCCCUUCCCAGCAAGGGGCGAGGAGGCGGCCGGGGCAAGAAGGCAGCACCGAAGAAGUGACCCCAGGUUUUGGCACAGGAGAAGCUGGAAACCUUCUGAUUUUGGUGCCCCCCCCCCCCAAA